AUGACCAGCACCGUUCAGCUUGAAGACACUGUGGAACGGCCUGGAUGGCGAACACUACACCGGUGUAAAGAGGAGCCGUGCAAGGGACUGUGCCAGCACUGGGAAGCCCAAUGGCAGGAGUUCCUGAGGGGGCUGAAUUCCCCUCACACGGUGUGGGGGAAGGAACCCGGGCCAUGGGAAGAUGCCAAGGCCUUCUUGGCCUCCUUCGAGCAAGUGGCUGAAGCCUGCCAGUGGCCUAAGGAAGAGUGGGUGGCCCGGCUUCUGCCAGCACUGAGCGGAGAAGCCCAGCGGGCCUUUGGUGGCCUGGAGGCCAGAGACAGAGAGGAUUAUGGGAAGGUGAAGGCGGCCAUCUUGCGCGGGGAAGCCAACCGCAUGGAAACCCUGCGCCAGCACUUCCGACAGUUCCGCUUCCGGGACGUGGAAGACCCGCGGUGGAUCUACAGCCAGCUGCAGGAACUUUGCUGCCGGUGGCUGAGGCCGGAGAGGCACUCGAAGGAGCAGAUCCUGGAGCUGCUGAUCCUGGAGCAGUUCCUGGCCAUCCUGCCGCCGGAGCUGCAGAGCUGGAUCAGGGCCGGCGGCCCCGAGAACUGCACCCAAGCCGCCACCCUAGCGGAGGAUUUUCUGCUGAGCCACCAAGGGGAGGCCAAAACCAGGAAAUGGCAGGGGCCAUUGCAGGAGCUCUGUUUGGGUUCCCUGGAUGCAGAGAUGAAACCCCCAGACCCUGGGCAGAGACGUACCUACAAAGACGCCAAGCAGAGUAGCCGAAGGGCGGACAGUUUGCCAGGCAGUGGACUCAAAUGCCCAAGUCUGUCCUGUUCAUUGCUGCCCCCUGAAGCCCAGGAAACAGCUAAAGGUGAACAUGCUGAGGCACCCGAGAACCUCAAGGAAACAGGCAUGUCUUCGGACGUGGUGGAGGAGACUUUGACACAGCCAAAGCGAGGGACCAUAUUUUGGCGUGUCCUGCAGGAGGACAGUAGGAACGCAGAUACUUUGGAGGGAUGUUUGGUACGCAAACCGGAUCUCACACCCCAAUCAGAAAAAGUGGAGGAAAUGGCCGGCCAGUACCUGGAGGAAAGAGAGAGACUCUCAGGCAGAGAUUCAGGUGACCAGAAUAGAAGACGGGUCAAGGCAGAGAAUUCUCCCUGUGGAAGAAAGGAGUCCGAAGUAACACCUGGGCUGGACCCGGAGGUGACCCAAGGGGAUUUGCUGGUGCCACAUGAGAUCCACAAGGAAACAUGUGAGUCCAUCAUGGGGCUGCAGAAGAAAGACGACUUGAGGAUACGUGGUGGUUGUUUUGGUGGUGAGGAGAAGAGAAGUCGGGUCAAGGUGGAGGAAUCCCAAGAGGGAGAGAUGUGCCCGGAGGAAGCACAUGGGACAUUGGCGGAAGUAACCCAAUGGAACCUUCCAGGGACACCUGGAAUUCACAAAAGACAUGAAUCCAGCUGGCAGCAGAAGCCGCUGGCAGAACAAGAGAAUGAAGAUGGCCAGCAGUCAGAUGGUAUUAGCAGAACCAGCCCUGUCCAUGCAGAGAGGAAAAAGCUGUUGUUCUCCAAGUACGGGAGAAAAUACCGCUACAAAUCAGGACUCGUUAUGGUCCAUACUGGCGAGAACUCCUUUGAAUGUCCCACAUUGGGGGAGAACAUCCCACAGCACCAGAGAUUCCAUACGGGUGAGAGGCGAUACGAACUUUCGGAGUACGGGAAAAGAGACGGUUUGAUUGGGCAUACGACAGAGAGACCUUAUCAGUGUUACGAGUGCGGGAAAAGCUUCAACUGUCAAACGUCCUUAGACAGUCACCAAGGUGUCCACACUGAAGGGAGACCCUACGAAUGUUCGCAGUGUGGGAAACGCUUCAGACACCGGCAAACUUUGCUGAAGCAUCAGAAGAUCCACACCGGAGAGAAACUGCACAAAUGUCCCGAGUGUGGGAAAGUCUUCACUUCUAAAGGGGAAUUAAUGAGGCAUCAGAGAAUUCACACGGGAGAGAAACCAUACAAAUGUCCUCAGUGUGGGAAGUCUUUCAGACAGAGGGUCCACCUAAUAAGUCAUCACAGAACUCAUACGGGGGAGAAGCCAUUCAUGUGCCUCGAGUGUGGGAAAAACUUACAUCGGAGGAAUAAGUUGAUCAUCCAUCUGGAAACCCAUAGAGCACAGGAACAUUACGAAUGCCCCGAGUGUGGGAAAAGCUUCAGCCAGAAAGCUACGCUGAUGAACCACCAGAGCACUCAUGUGGGGCACUGACCAUUCAGAUUCCCUACGUGGUGGCAGGAAGGGG